CGGUUGGGCUCUGGCGCUUUCGCUUUUGCCGGGCCCAUGGAGGCGGCGGCGGCGGCGGGGGUGGAGGUGUCGGGGAUCCCGGCGGGGGUGGCGGAGGAGCUGCUGGUGCUCUACUUCGAGAACCGGCGGCGCUCGGGCGGGGGGCCGGUGCAGAGUUGCCGGCGGAGGGGCGCCCGCGCCCGCAUCGACUUCGAGAGCCCCGACGAUGCGUGCCGCGUGCUGUCCCGGGGCAGCCACUCGCUGCAGGGCGCCCAGCUGUCGGUAGCUGCAGCAGCACCGCGGGACUGGGGGAAGGUGGUGCUGCGGGGACUGAGCGGCCGAGGUGGCACUGAGCUGCUGGAGCGAGACGUGGAGCAGCUGCUGGGGUGCCCGGGUGGUGGAAUCCUGCUGCGACGGAGCCCUGACGGCGACCUGGCCCUGUUGCAGCUGCCGCAGCCCCUCACCCCCCACGAGUUCGUGGCUUUGGCUGAGCGGGUGCGAAAUGAGCGGCUGCCGGAGCCCAGCGGUCUGGAGCUGGACUGGGUGGCGCAGACGGACAGCGUGCUGGUGGCUGCUCUCGGCGGGGGGGCCCAGGGGGCUCUGAGCCAGGACCUGCUGGAGCUCUACUUUGAGAGCAAGCGGAGCGGUGGGGGCCCCGUGCGAGACGUCCGACUGCUCCCAGGGGCCACCGGGGCCGUGGUCUCCUUCAGCGACUAUGCAGUGGUGGACAGGGUCCUGCAAAAAUCCCAUCAGCUCCAGGGUCACCACUUGGACGUGUCCCCUCACUACGACUUCUUGGAGCCCCCUGAGGACGAGGAGACGGCCACAGAGGCGGCAGCUUCCCCAGAAGACGCUGGGAUUGCUCCUUCUCUGCGCGUGCCCCUUCCUGACGCGGCCACGCGGCGCCUGCUGGAGUUGGACCUUGUCCUGCGGGAGCUGGGAGCCCGUGUGCCGGAGUGCGCGCUUCGCCUGGAGGGAGGGGAGCUGUGCAUCUCUGGGGGAGACGCGGCCGGCCGGCAGCGGUUGCAGGAGAGCAUCCAGGAGGCGUUACGGGGAGCAGCCCAGGAACACCUGCCCUUCUCAGCCUGGGUCUUGGGCUUCCUGCAGCGGGCGGACGUGGGGGAGCGCCUGGCGGAGCUGCUGUCGGGGCAAGGGCUGGGGGCCUGCUACGUCCCCGCCGAGGAGGGGGUGCUGGUGGUGGCGGUGAGGCCGGCCGUGGCUCGCCAGGCCAUGUCCUUGCUGGGCUCGGCCCUGGCCUCCUUCUCCCUGCCGCUGUCGGACAGGCGGCUGCUGGCCCUGGCGUUGCCGCGCUGGGCCCAGGUGGAGGCAGGGCUGCGGUGCUGCCUCGUGCGCCUGGCGGAGGGCGGUGCGCGCCUGGAGGGCCUGACGUUGCGUGAGCUGGAGGAGGAGAACGUGGCGCACCUGGAAGCUUUCCUGCAAGACGGCGUGCCCGACGAGACGGUGGUGGCCAUGGAGGCAGGCGCCCUGCGAUACCUGCAGCUCUACUCCCAGGAGAUUCUCACCAGCAUUGGCAAUGUCACCCUGCUGCCACUGGAGGGCGCCGACGUCACAGGCUUCCGGCUGAGUGGCACGGCCGGGGCAUGCCAGGCGGCUGCUGAGCUGCUUCAGAGCCUGGCAGGGGCCAUCCACACCCAGACCCUGACCCUGCAGCUGCCCGGCAUCAGCCGCUUCCUCCUGGAUAGCCGCGGCCAGGCCGUUGUGCGAGACCUGGAGAGGCACUUCCGUUGUGUCGUUGGGCUGGAGAGGGUCCGCUGGAGCCCCGUGCUCUUGCAGCAUGAACUGGAAAUGUCCCAGACGCCCCUUGCCCUGAGUUGCCGCCGAGAUUCCUUGCGUCGCUCAGAGCAGCCCCCAGCCCUGCCCGACGUGGCCAGCAAGCAGAGCGAAGCCAACAUGGAAGAGAUCAAGGGCUUGCUGGUGGCCCUCCGGCCGGCCGGCGUCGGGGCUCCUGCAGAGGGGCGCACGGGGAGUGACGAGGCGGAGGGUGAGGACCUUUACUCAGCGCCUGAGCCAGAAGCCGCGGCGCCCUCUGCUGUCGAGGAGGAGAAGGAGGCGGCCGGGUGGGGGGAAGAGGAGAGCCUGGAGGAAGGGCCCCUGCGGGCUCCCACGGCGGAGGCGGCUGCGGAGGAGGCGGAGCUGCUCUUGGCCAUCCAGCAGUCGAUGGACAGCGCCCAGCAGGAGGAGGAGGAGCUGCGCCAGGCGACGGAGCUCUCUCUCCGCUCCUACCAGGAGGAGGCUGUGCGGGGGGCCAGUCCCGACGCUGCCCUGCAGGCCGUGCUCAGCAUCUCCCUGGAAGAAGCCCACCGGACGGCCAACUCGGCACAGCUGGGCAUCUGUGCAGCCUCCGAGGCGGACACGGUCCGGGUGGCACAGGAGUUGGAGGCGCAGCUGCGGGCGCAGCUGCGAGAGGAGACUGUGCACAACGAAGGCCUCUGCUCACUGCCCCCCCUUUGCCUCGAGUACCUGGCCCACCUGGAGCGCAAGCACGCCGUGCGCAUCUCGCUGGACGGCGCCGUGGCCACCGUUUGUGGCUUUGCUGACUACCCCGUGGCUGCCACCCGUGACCUGGCGUUGCUGCUGACCCGGCUGCUGCGAGCAGAGGUGGCCAGGGGGUCUGGGGGCGUCCGCUGGGUCCACUGGGAUUCCUCGGGGGGCGGGUCGCCCACCCCGUAUUCGGCAGAGGCCAGCGCCCUCCUGGAGCAGGCCUGGUGCCGAGGGCACAAGCGAGUGGACGUCUUCUUCGAUGGGUACCCGUUCACCAUCGACUUUGAGCGCAUGGAAGAGUAUGACAUUGGCAAUGCCCGGACUCUGCCCAUUGGCCGCACCGAGCAACCGGUGGCCCCCCCAGCCCCCCCAAGCCCCACUGCCCUGGCGGGCGAUGAAGUGAAGCUGCUGCUGCUCCCCGAAAGCUCAGAGGAGUUCCAGGGGACGGUGCGCCAGUUCUACGGCACGCUGGAGGAUUUCCACAACAAGAUCCGCAUCAUCAAGGUCCAGAAGGUGCUGCACCCCCUCCUGUACCAGCAGUACUUGCUGAAGAGAGGCGCCAUGGAGAAGGCCUGUGGGCGCCCGGAGGUGGAGCGGCUGCUGUACCACGGCACCACGGAGCAGUCCAGCCGGGAGAUCUGCCAGUUCGGCUUCAACCGCAGCUUCUGUGGCAAGAAUGCCACACGCUACGGCCACGGGGUCUACUUUGCCGUCCAGGCGUACAUUUCGGUGCAGGAACAGUACUCGCCCAGCAGCACAGAUGGCAACAAGUACAUCUUUGUGACACGGACUCUGGUUGGGGACUACACCACCGGCAGCCACGAGCUGCGAGCGCCACCCCUGCGGGAAGGAGACUCUGCCCUGCGGCGUUACGACAGCGUGGUGGACAACCUCCGGGCGCCCUCCAUCUUCGUCAUCUUCAACGACACGCAGGCCUACCCUCAGUACCUCAUCACCUGCCAGCGCUCCAGGAGGCGCUGACGGAUCGUGGGGGUGAAGAGCCCGGCCACGGGGGUCUGCUCCCUGGCACCACCCUCGCCCGGGGGUCUGCCCUGCGUCUGCUGCUGUGAUUGUCUCUUUCUCAGGAUUACCUCAGUGCCCUUCGGAUCCGAAGUGUCCUUCGUGUGGGCUGGAAGGGAAGGCGCAGAGCCUGCCCAGGCGGCCUUAUUUUGACCCCUGGCUUGUGGAUAUUUGAAGUGGGGGUAACUGCAGGGGUUGGGGAGUGGUCUCGAGGGCAGGAAAUGUGGGCACACGGGUGCUUUUGUUACUAUUUAACUGGGCAAGAACCCAGGUGGGCGGGGGCGGGGGGGGUGGCAGCACGUUGGAGAAUCUGGUCCUCAUCACAUAAUUUCUUCACAGCCAAAAGUCGUGGCCAAAUUCAGACGACUGGCGGGGACACACACACAUACACACACACACAGGUCUGCCUUGUUGCCUUCCAUUGCUGCCAGCCCAGUAAACUGCAUUCUUCGG